GAAGGCAGCAGUUACCAUGACAACAGUCAACACAAACGCUGAUGAGUUCAAGGUAACUAGUUGUUCCGUGUAAGAAAAGAGUUGUCAGACGCUAAAUCAAACCCUGAGCCAGUGCAGCGCCGGAUACCAGAAGCAACCUCAGAGAUGUCAUCACCACAGCCCAAGAUUUCUUCAUGCAGCACUGCUGUUUCAGAGACUGAUGGGGCUGCCAAAUCACACAAUCCAGACACAAGGAGGAAGAGGAGGGAGACUCGACAGAGCCCAUUCAAAGUGCCAGACAGUAAUAGUAUGUUUCUCAAGAGUAUGAAUGAAAAGCAAGACCGAAAAGAGGAGAUGCGUAAAUUCCUGGCUUUGCCAAUUCAUGAGAAGAAGACCCAGACUGCAAGAACGAUGGCCAAACUGACAAAAGAGCUGGUAGAACAAGUAGAGGAGGACGAGGAGGAGCAGGAGCAGGAGCAGGAGGAGGAAGGAAAGGAGAAGAUGAAGAAUCAAAAACAAAUCAAGAGCAGGACGGUUCUCCCUAAAGAAACACCCAGGAGACAUGAGCUGAAGAUGGCCAUGAUGAAACGAGAAAACUUUACAAAGGAAAGCAAACAUGACUUAAUGGCCAUGGAACGGCAGAAAGCAGUGUUGGAGUUAUCUCUGAUGACGAAGAGGUCCGAGAUUAUGAGGAUGGACAAAGCCAUUGCAAAAGAAGAGGCCCAGCUGGAACAGCUCGGAAAGAUCAUCGAGAGAGACAACCUUAACUUUGAGGAAUCCCUCAGGGAGAACGAGAAGAAGUCUGUGGAGGCCAGAACAUUUUUUGAACAGGAGGCCAGGUCCAAACAGGAGAAGAAUAUUGAGAUCAAGAAACUGACUGCUGAAAUAGUGACAAUAAAAGGUGAAAUGGAACGUUUUGAAGAGACCCUGAUAGACUACAAGAGAUACAAAGAUCUCCUGUUCAAGUUGUCUCCUCCAGAGUGGCAGGAGGCCCAGAAGACCAAGGCUUUGAAAGCUAAAGACAAGAACAGGGAGGCUGAGGAGUCAGCUACUGGGAACGGUGUGGAAAAUAAAGAUUCCAGUCCAGGUAGAGAGCUGCCCUCCGUCAGAGAGACCAGGCAGUCCUCAGCUGACAGCGACACACGGAUCAUAGACUCUAAACCGGAUAGUGACAGCUCAGAAUAUGAGGAUGAGCCAGAGCUGUACUUCACUAAUCCCCAGCAGCUACUGGAUCUGGUGACAGAGCUGACGGAGCAGAACUUGUCCUUGAUUCAGAACUCUACGAGGGUGGAAGAAACACUGGAAGAGCUCCAGCAGUCCCUGGAGAUAACCAGGAAAAAGAUUCAAAAGGAUGAAGAGCAGAUGACACUGCAGAUAAACGACAUGAAACAGAGAAUCGACAAAGAGAAGUCAAGAGGCGUCAAGCUCAAACUGAUGGUUCAGCUCCACAUCUCAUUGAACACAGAAGACCAGGAUGUUAUGUUGGAUGCUCUGGGCGAGAAGGUGGCCGAGGUCCAUGGCUCCUGCGUGGAUGAAAGGCUGACCAACCUCAACACCGUGGAGAAGCUGGCCAAUAUUGAAAACCAUAUGUCUUCACUACUGGAGAGCCUUGAUGGCAUUCCUGGAGAAAGCUUAGAGAUGAUGAAGAAGAUCAAGGACAGUGAGAAGAGGACCAGACAGCGUGAAGAAAAACUGGUCGAGCAGAGAGAGAAACAGAAGGAAAGGAUGAGGAGGUACUUAGAGAGAUCCCUCGCUGACUCCAAGAAAGUAAAUGUGAGAAAGCUCAUGCCAAGAUGCAUGCCUGUCGCCCAGAAAGUCAAAGUCAGCCAUGUGGACAGCACACCGGCUGAAGAUGAGUUCUACGCCUCCCUCUACACCUAUGACGAUGUAGAGUAAAAAAAAGAGAUAUUACUGUAAAGAGUAAAAACAGAUUGUAUAUUUGA